AUGGCAAGCGCAACGGUGCAGAAGAAUGUGAUGAUGGCAAUACCAUUGAUGGCGACGGAUGCUCUAAGCAAUGUACCAUUGAGUCAGGAUUCUUGUGCCUGGGAGGCUGCCAAGAAACUGGGGAUGUUAGACGCCGGUACGGAGAGUGCCAGAAGGAUAGCUGCAUUCCCGUGGCAUGAAACCACAACUGACUGUAAGACCCCCUUGUCCAAGGCAACCAUUGUCAUAUCUGGUUUGCUUGGUGGAACAAAUGAAGAUGAUCCAGCACUUGCCAAGGAAGGAUUGAUUUCUGUACGACGAGGGUGUUCGAGUGGAAAGAUGGACUGCGAAGCAAGGCCGUCGGAAAUCUUUGGGAUAGUCGUAUCAAACCCUGAUGGAACAUUUACUGAGAGAUAUGGUGUCGGGCGCUGGGACGACACUUUGAAACAAGUAAGCUUUUCUGUGUUGCAAGAUGUUUCAGAAAACGAAGACAUAUUUCUGCAAUUCACCGUCAUGAACGGGAACCAGCAAGUGUCUCCAAACAUCCGGAUAGGCAUGAGAGGCAUCGAGAUCCCGGACGAGCCUAUGCUCAAGUUGCCUCUCCUGCUUAACGGACGGACUUCCAUGCCUCUCGAGAUUUUUCCCAAGCCAAGCAGCAGAAGAUUCACCGACCAAGAUAGAAUGGACGAUUCGACGAAUCUUGCUGUCGAUCUUUCAGACCAUCUGGAGGAGGAGAGGCAUGAAGGCAGUCAUCAGCACGACGACCAGCCUCGUCGCAGACUUCUCGCCAAUUGCGCUGGCAUUUGCUCCAACACCUUCUUGUCACAGACAAGUGUAGUGGCAGGCACUGAAAACACCAUCACCGUCAGUCUCUACACCUCUUUCACUUUGGUUGCCAUGACAAGAAUCACGUUGGAAGGAGUCUUUCCAGCGUUGGUCCCACGGUUGUUUGCUGUCACUACUUCAUUUCAAUGCGCACAGAGUUUGCCAUUUGGUCCUCAAGACUCUCUCCUUCCCUCCCCGCUUCUUGCUUCCUCGGCCCCUGCAUACGAUGCCAGGACCUUGCAAGCACAACCUGGGUUCUCGACUGCAAGUGGAUACUUCAGUGCGGAACAUCGAGACACCGCACAUUUCUCGUUCCAGCAGAGGUUUUACGACUACGACGAGCUCAAGUUCGAGGUGUUCUGGUCGUUCAACGAGUCGAAAACUCUGCGGCAGAGGUUGAUCGACGCCUCCACGAGGAAGGAGGGCGAGGCUGUGGUGUGGACGGUGAGAGACGGGAAGGGAAGGUUUGUCAAGACGCUCCGGGGGGCCUGGAGGUUCUCAAGGAACCUUCCCUACAGGCAGGAUGGAGCUGACUUCACACUGAGUAACAUCUUCGAUUCCCAGCAGCCCUCCAGCACAGGAUUUUCACCUGACGAUGGCGCUUGGGGGGCUGCAGACAGCCUGGUGGACGGUGCCUGGGACAUCACGGACGUCGUAAGUCAGACCAACGCGGACCCGUCGCAGAAUCCUGCCAUCGGAAGCGGAGGAGAUUUCUGGGGGCACGGCAACUUCAACCAGCAGAACGACUUCGGUUGCCAGGCGGGCUCUCUCUACAACAACGUGACGGGAGCUGCGAUCAAACCCUGCUGCCCCACAUACUUCAUGGGAGGUAAAGACACAGCCAUCUACUCCGAGGGCAUCAGAAACGAGAUGUACCUCGUCCCCUGCGAGUCCUGUCAGUGCCUGCAAGACGUCUGCACCUACGGUCUUAGCCGUCAGGACACGUCCGUGUCAAGUACGGCAACUCGUGAUGACACUUGUGGGCUCCUGAAGCCAUCGGGCAAUCAGGCCAGCAGCUUUGACUGGUACCUCUCCUUCGACAGCACAAUCGCGACAGAGGUCAAGGAAGAUCAGAACGGAGGAGGACAGUCUUCUCCCUACUCCUUCACCUUCGCUAUCAAAAACUCUCGUUCCGUAAGCUCAAACCUUGUCACCCUCCAAGUUUUCGCCCCUCCUAGCGACAGCCAAGCUGCUCAGAACUUCUCGUUUCAGUUUCCCCAAGACUCGCUUGUGGUGAAGGAAGGCAACUUUCUGAAUCAAACGAUAGUACAGUCGUCGAGCCUGCCGGGGGGUUUGAAUCGUCUCAGCGUCUCUUUCACAGCUUCUCCUCCUCUUCUGUCGGGAUCCACCGUGAUAGUCGACAGCCUGUUCUCGCCCUCAAUGCUGCUCGCCAACGUCUCGGACUGUGAGGGCGAUACAGGCUCUUUCACAGCCUCCUGGAGUGACGCGUCAGCCAUCAAGCAUUCAUCGUUGCGACAGGAGAUCUACGCGGAAGAGAAGCACGUCCUCUCCAUCAUCUGGGCCUUCCAAAGCUCCACGACCUGGCAGGAGAGAAUCGCUCGAGCGCAGAGUGCAAGAGGAGAAACUGUUGUGUGGUACGUGGUUGACCCGCAGAAUCCCAGCAGCGUGCUGGCAGUGAAGAAGGGAAGGUGGAAGGUGUCGAACUUUCAGAGCUCGUCGGGCGCUUGGAUCCUGCGCAACAUGUGGGGAGCAGGAGAAGGGACUAUUAGCAGCACGCAGAUCACUUCAGACUACUGGGGCUGGACGCCUCAGAACUUUCAGAACAACAUUUACAACUGUUUCUACUGGAGGAACGGGCAGAAGAAUGAGGUCAGGAGGGUUCGCAAUCACAUCUGGAUCGAAGAGUUUCCCUUGGUCACACGGAGCACCGGAGCCUUCCAGCUGAAGAGAACGCCUGGCGGUUCCCUUAUGUUGGCCCUUCCUGCUCCCUCCUCCUUCUCCUCCUUCCAGCACUUCCAGUUCAACUUGACCGUCCUCAAUCCGAUGAGCUCCAGUCCCAGCGCGCAGCCAACGAUCGCGAUCUUGGGAUGCUACCAAGUCGCUGCUCUUCCUCUGCUCCUGCCCGCCGCCUUGAAGGAUAAGCCGCUGGUAGUUGACAGCCCCGCAUACGUCACGUCCAAGGCUGGUCAAUCAGCGUCGUACCCGAGCGCCAUCAACACACUGACGGUGACAUUGCAGCUCAAUUUCCAUCUCUACGACUUCACGUCAUGCUUGUUCAAGAUCUCUAACUUGCUGGGAGCCAAGAGACCGUCAGGCGUGCUGCCUUUCGUGUCCUCAGGCUCCAACUUGUUCUCUUACGAUGGGAAUGUUCCUGCCUCCUCCUCGGCGCUGUGGAACGAUGCGACGAAAGAACUUCAAUUCUACCUGGCAAAAGGCGAGAUCUCCGCUGACCAAACUUUGACCCUCCAGUUCGUCCUCGAAAACCCUCCGGUCGCUCAAGAUGCCCCCAACGUCUCGGUGACGGUGAUGCAAUCGAUUGUUCUCCAGACGCUGCUGCUCUCGGACUUUGUGCUCUCAGGCGCGGAGGGAGGCAGUGCCCUCGAGCUUCUUCAGCCCCUCUUCGUUCAGCCUGCAUACUUCGUCGCUCCUACCUCCAUCCGUCACAGUUCCAACAACCCUGGCUCCGUCAACUACGUCACUAUUCUGCUUGCUGUCAACGUAGACGUUCGCAACGCCAGCUUGUCCUACCCGGCUGUGACGCUCAACAUCUCCGGGCUGACGGGAGGGCAGCCAGUCUAUGCCGACAGCCAGGGCAAGACAGUCAGUCUCUUGGUCUCUCCUCUGUCUCCCUCCGGUCCAGAUUAUUUCUCAGCUCUUGCGACAGGCACCCUCUCAGCUGGGACGUGGAGCGAGGGGACUAACUCUCUGUUGCUUCAUCUGCGCAAGGACUGGAGCAGACUGACACAGUUGGCCUUCUCAUUCCAAGUCACCAACUUCCCCGACCAGCAGACGUCACCGACGGUGCUGCUUCAGACGGAGGGCCUGCGAGUUCAGAUCAUCUCAUCCUUGACCUCCUGCUACAGCAACGGAGUCUGCAUCUUGCCCAAGGUUGACGAUAGUCAAGCUGGACCUCCGUUGAACGUGCUCAGCCCUUCCUUCGUGGUCAAGAAUGUGGGACAGUCGACCCCUUACCCAGGCGCUGUCAACACGCUGACCUUCACGAUCAGGUUCAACUUCAUCUUUCUCAACUCAUCCAGCACCAUCACAGAGCAGUCCAUGAUUCAGAUCUCCAACCUCCUCGGAGCUUAUGCCACUCCCGUCGUCUCCCUGCAGUCACCGCAGGGCGAUGAGCAGUACUUCUCCUCCUCUGCGCAAGGAGUCAGUGGGACUGCCUCGUGGGACCAAACAUCGCAGUCGCUGCAGCUGUUUGUGAGGAACUCGAUUCCCCAGAAGGACAUCAUAAUCUCUGUGCGGGUUGAGAACUCAAUCCUGCCUCAAGACUCUCCCGGUGUCGCCAUCGCCUCCUUCGGCAUCUCGCUGCCUUUGUCGCUGAUGCGCAAGGACAACGUCACGGUUCUCCCUGCUAUCUGGAAGGCUCGGCCAGGCGACGCUGAGCCCUUGCUGAUCUUCACACCUGCCUUUGAGAUCAAGAAAGUAGGACAGAGCAAUCCAUUUCCCGGUGCCACCAACACUAUCUUCUUGACCUUGUCGUUCAACGUCGACAUCCGAGCGUCGACUCAGUUCUACAGGCAGGUAAAGAUUUUGAUCGACAACCUCCAAGGCGGCCCGUCAGUGGAGUCGGAGUUCAACCUCACUGACUUCAAGACCGGGGGCCCGAGCUCAGUCUUCGGCCUCUUCGACGGCUCUGCCGAUGUCAACAGCGCAAGGGCAAGCAGGGCCUUGUAUGGUGGUCGUUACGGGUACAAGAACUUGACGUUCUCGGUGAUUGCAGACGUGGUAGCCGGUAAGAACUACUACCUGGCCUUCAACAUCUCCAACCCAGGCCUCGGCCAGAACUCGCCGGUGCUGCAGAUUCAGGUAGACGGCAUCACCAUCGACGUGUCGAGCAUGCAGUCAGACUUGGAGACUGUUCUCUCCAGCAUCGGGGCGACGACAGGCGGUUGGGCGGCCCCCCUGUAUGUCCUGCAAGCGCAGUUUGAGCUCAAGGCCAUCUCCCAGUCCAACAGCGAACCAGCUCAGACCAACCAGCUCACCGUCAGGUUCUCCCUCAACUCCCCGCUGUUCCCCUCCGUCAGGCGAUGCAAGCGACGAGCGUUCCGCGGGUGGUUGCCGGGGGAGGAGGGUUUCAUCACCAGCCUCUACACGGGACUUCCCCAGGACGCCAAGAUCUUCGGCGAGCUGAGCCUGCAGGACCUGACGCGAGGUCACCAGUUUGACCGCGUCUGCAACGUCGGGGCCUUGGAAGGUCAACCGUGUCAGGCCACAAGCCAGUGCGGCACGGGAACGACCAACGGCCCUGUGCCCUACUGCGUUUCCACCUUGUGCCACGAAGACGGUCUUUACCCUACCGAGAUUCAGCUGAGCAACCUGCUGGGCCCCUUAGAUCCCACAGGUUCUUUCAAGCUGCUACUUGACGGUGUUCAGAUCUUUAGUGAUGGUAGUCAGAUCGGAUUUGCACUGUGGGACUCAACUGCCAAGACGUUGACUAUGCAAGUCGCACAGGAGCUGCAGGCAGCCGUCAACUACUCGUUUGCGUUUGACGUCAAGAAUCCUUUCUCCCCUCAAGACUCUCCGCUCGUAUCCAUCGGAGCCUACGGGACUCUGAUCGACCCGGUCGUGGUGGACCCGUCGGGUGUGGGUCCCAUGAAGAUCUCCCGGCUUAUCUUUCAGUACGCGCUGGCUAAGCAGACGACCUCGUUCCCGAUGAGUCUGAACCUUGUCACCGUCUGGUUCAAGACCGAGAAGCUCCUUCAGCUCUCAACCAAGAUGUCUCUCUCCCCGAUCCUCCAUGCCUCCAUGGAGAGCAUGCCUGACUUCGUCGCCGGCCUCAACUUCGUCAAGCUACAAGGACCCUCCGCCUUGUCGCUCUCUCCCGUCCCCUGCAACACUUCCACAGCCCUAGCGUACGCUGGUUAUGCCAGUUGGAAGGCAGAGACCUACCAAGUGGCAGCGUAUCUUUGCACGGAGCCUUCCAACGUGUUCAACUUCUCUUUCGCCUUCAUGAAUCCUGCCAUCCGACAGGACUCUCCUCAAGUCGCGCUGCAGAUCGACGUCGAGAACAGCAUCUUGAACAGCAUUAUCCUGACCUCCUUUGACCCGGCCAACCCCAUCCUGCGAGUCCUCGGCUUCGAGUUCGUGCUCAAGAAGAUCAGUCAGUCUGUUCCCUACCCCGGAGCUCUCAACGACAUCACCAUCCGUCUGGCCGGCAGUGUUCCCAUCCCUCAGCAAGCCAGCAAUCAAAUCUCAAUCUCCGGCCUCUACGGCGCGCAGAGCCCGCAGACAAGCUCCGUGAUGCCUCUCAUCGAGAACGUCGACCUUGCCUGCGCUGACUUUGACCCCAGCGAGAGAGGCUGCUCUGUGUUCUCCUACGACGGGGCUCAGACCUGCUCAGCAACAUGGGACGCGGCGACGUACGGCAUCAAGUUCUUCGUGCAGGAGAUGCAGGAGGGGAGGACGUACACUUUCCAGUUCGUGAUCCAGAACCCAGCGCAGUCCACGUCAUCGCCCUCCGUCUCGAUCUCGAUGUCUGGCAAGAUACCUAUCUUCUCGAGCGUCUCGCUGGACCAGGACGUCACUCUCAACUUGGGGUCAGUGAAAGAAACUUGUUCUACCUGCCCCUCCUGGAGGAGAAGCUGGAGGAGGUGGAGCUUCGAGAAGCCUGGCGGGACCAUGGGCUUGAUCUCCGCCACCCCGGACUUCGCAGCGAUCUUGAAGCUAGUCAACCCAUCCUUCCUCUGCCUCGAAGCUGCCAACUGCAUCCUUGGAGCCUUCACGGUCUGUCCGGUCGGAGGGGCUUGCAGUGGGCUUAUCUGGGAGAGCAACGGGUUUCCGGGAGAGGUGGUCAAUACGAUCUCAGUGUCGUUUGCCGUGACGACUCCGAUCUCUGUCUCCUCUCAAGCUUACCUCGUCGUCUCCGGUUUGCGCGGGGCUAUCAAGCCCACGGGGGUGUACAACCUCAGCACUGCCCCCAGCUUCCGCUUCCUUGACGGCACUCCAUGUGACUUCACUGCCGCCAAGUUUGCGGGCACGCGGCUGGGAGCUGACAGGACCUUUGCGUGGGACGCGUCGACACUCUCAGCGACCCUCUACCCCCUGACAGACUUGAGCCCGGGCAUUGAAGUCACCAUCUCCUUCCUGGUCUCGAACCCUCUCACCCCUCAGCCGGCAGCUGAAACCACUCUCAGCAUCUUCUCCGCCUCAGGCACCGUCCUCGUUUCCAAUACCCUCCUCCCAGCCCCGAACCGGCUCGGCCCCAUGCUGAUCCUGCAGCCCAGCUUCGAGGUCAAGCUCAUCUCGCAGAGGACAGCGCUGCCCUCAGCUGAGAACGUGCUGACCGUCACCUUCUCCGUCAGCGCUCCUCUACGCAAGGGCACAUGUAUCUCCAUCUACGGCUUCGGACUUGCUGCCGGCACGGAAACCUACAAGAAUGUCGACGGGUCAAACUCCUUCGGCUCGCUGGUGAAGUCGGCGGAUGCGGGGGUGACAGGACAGGGAGCAUGGGACGGGAACAGCAUCGCCUUCUGCCUUCUCACUGACCUCGUUGAGAAGACUGCCUAUGACUUCUCCUUCUCCAUCGUCAACCCGGCGCUAGAACAGAGUCCUCGCACCAUCUUCAUCCAGACAACUUCAGUAGUUCUGAUCCCAGCUGUUGCCAUGGACCCAGACAAGUCGGAGAACGGCAUCCACGAGCCCUUGCGCAUCCUCAAGAUGGAGCUGCUGCAGAGAAACAUCGGGGAGAGCACGAGGUUUCCGGGAGCAAGAAACCACAUCACCGUCACGUUCGCUCCCUCCCUCGUGGUCUCAGCUGACCUUCAGGUGGACUUCUUGAUCGAGGGCCUGACUGGCUCCCGCACGUCCAGCGGGCCCAUCGCGAUCAGUUGCGGCACAGGAUGCAACCCGUUCUCCGACUGCUCGCGCACAAUCUGCAACGGAGGCUGUUGCACCCGAGCAAGCGACCUCGAGCCCUGCUCUCUCGGCACGAGAUUCUGCCAGGACCGUUUGCUGAGCUGUGAUUUCACGAACGUCCUCGCCAACUCGGACUGCUGCGACGUCUCGCGGUUCUCCAACACCUUGUGGGACCAGCAGCUGGGAACUGUCAGUUUCGCCCUGGCAGCUCAGCUCAAGGACAUGGUCAACUUCACCUUCUCCUUCAUCCUGGACAACCCCUACCUCCCCCAGGAGGCUCGGACCGUCUACAUCUCCGCCAGGUCUCGAGGCGUCCAGUUCGUCUCUCGCAGUCUCUUCAGGAACGACCCGGACUGGCCGCCGCUCAAAGUUGACAACGCCAGGUUUGAGAUCGCAGCUGCCAAGCAGUCGGACGCGUACCCGUGCUCGGACAACACGAUCACAGUCACUCUCUCCUUGAACGCUCCCAUCCGCUUUGGAACUCAGAUCGUCAUGCAAGGCUUCAGCAACGCCAUUGUCUCGACCUCGAGCCUUCGGCUGCUGGACAGCGACAGCUCCUUGUAUGUCGUCAAGCUACCCAACGGCCAACAAGCGAGAGUCACAGAAAUCUUGCUGAUCGAAUAUCAGCCUGUGAACUCAACGUUCAUCCUCAAGGUCCGGGACAUCGGCUACGGCAACGACGUCCUGAUCCCUCCCGGCCGACCCUUCGAGCUUUCCUUCCUCGUCACCAACCCUUCCAGAGGUCAAAGUGCGCCUCCUCUGCUUAUCAGAGCCUUGAGCGUGCAAGUUGACUUGUCGGUCCCUUCGGUUGACUUUGACUGGACGCCGUUGACGGGCUGCUCAAGUUUGACGUCUGUCUUGACUCCAGUCGCUGGAUCUGCCCAACCGCUCUUCAUCAUCACCCCCAAGUUCAACACCCUAGAGAUGCGGCAGAGCACCUCACGGCCGAGGUCCCUCAACGUGCUGACCGUCACUUUCGAGGUCAACGUGCCGCUGGUCGUCAGGUGCAACGUCCUCCUCGUCCUCCAGGGCCUCGAUACUGUCGACCCUCAGCUGCAGCCGCUGGCUCAACCUGGUCCAGCCAGCUCCGACUGGAGGAGCGACAUGUGUCCGUCAUGGCAGCGCAGCAUCUUCCGGCUCGAGAGCCCAACGGCAGCGAGCGAGGAGGUGGUCAAGGACGUGACGUUCUUCUCCGCCUACUCGCCUCUUGACACCAGCAUGGCGCUGGCUAGGAGCGGAACGGUGAAGGUGGAGACAUCGGACGUCUGCCUUGGUGGGCUUGUCAUGGAAACUUGUCAGAGCUCUUCGGCGACGAGCAAGAUGUGUCUGUACCGCAAGGGCUUGGAGGACGUCAACUCUUCUCUCCUCUGGCAGAAGGAGGAGGCCACCAUGUCCUGGUUUCGAGGGCAGAAGCAGCCAAACCCCUUCUAUCCUCGGAGAAACGAGCUGCCUGCGCUGGGCGACGGAGUCUGUCAUGCCUUGUGGAACUGCGCGGACUACGCGUACGAUGACGGAAACUGCGUUAGCGAGGCCAUGAGCAACGGCAUGUCAACAAGCGAACUGAAGUUGGGAACGGCUCGAUGGGAUGAUGCCAAAAAGAAGAUCGUCAUUUACAUCAGAAAAGACACAAAGCCGUCAACAAAGUAUGCCUUCAGUUUUCAAGUUACCAACACGUUCAAGCUGAGCUACUCCCUCAACAUUAACAUGUCUACAGAAGGAAUAGUCAUUCCUCCCUUACCUGUGACAAGAUCCUCUAGACCCCUCUCCGGCCUCGGCGCAUGCUCUACGGGCGGCAUUCAGCCGGGAGCUAAGAGCCUGCCGGACCUUGACGUCAACCCGCUCAACGUCUACUCGGCCUCCCUCUACGAGAAGCGUAUCGCCUCCUCCACCAACUUUCCCGGAGCUGUCAACAGCAUCUCCCUGACCCUGAGCUUCAACUCCCUCAUCACUCCUCGCAUGCAGCACACCAUCACCGUCUACGGCCUACGGAGCUUCUCGGGCCCGUCAGGGGACGUCAAGCUCUUGCCCGACGUCAACUGCGCCGCCUCAGCGUCUUGCGAUCAUCCCAUGCGGUUCUCGUCGGCCUCGACCCACCAGGCGGGCUAUGGGCGGUGGGACAACAGCAAGAAGAGCCUGACGCUGCUUGUGUCCGGUACCCUCCUCCCCAUCCAGCUCUAUCGCUUCGCCUUCCAGCUGAGAAACCUGCUGGCGAAGCCGGAGACGACGGUCAUGAUCGUUGGCAACGACGCGCAAUGCCCGACGCGGUCGCGACCCUUUUCGACCUUCAGCUUUUUCCGCUUCUACACUGAGAGCUCGGACAGCACAAUGGACGCAGAGGCCAAGAUCGCAAGCAACUCGCCUUUCUUCAGCUCCAUCGCUCAGUCCUUGUACUACACCAUCACCUCACUCGCCGACGCCGUCUCUCUCUAUGGUUGUCAAGUCUCCAACCCCCUCACCGGCGAGCUGCUUCUCCCAGCUGGCCGCUGGUACUUGAGUUUUGACAACCCCGCAUACUUCAGCGAGCAGGUCGAGCUGCGAUCCGCCCUGAACGUCUCGGCAGACGGGCUUGUGCGGCAGAGCAUCGAGGAAGGAACGGCGUGUGGAGGAUACAAGGAGAGGAAUUUGUACCAGACCUGUCGCUGGUGGUCGAGACCGACUUUCGCUCUUGACCUCUUCCUCUUCAAGAAGCUUCCUCAGGUCAUUCGGUUCGUCCUCAGGUGGGGAGACGUUCCUGCCAACCUCGACCUCUUCCUCGUCUACAAGCCGCUUGUAGGUCAGACGCUCUCCUACUCCUCCAACAACGUCUCGUGCUCGUCUGGCCUUGUCAUCUCGGGCGGAGGAGUCUUCCGAGAUUGCCGCGAGAUGUACGUGAAUGCCCAGGGCGACUCGUCAAAGGUCAACCAAGUGCUGCUGGAGAGGAUGGACGUCGACGGGAACGGGCCUGAGGUCUUGCGACUGUCAAACGCGCUCGACGGUGACUAUCAGGUUUACGUCAACGUCCGCCAGCCAACUCUUGACUCGCAGCUCACGUUCGUGGGAGCGGAGGAACUUACGGUCUACCUUGACAACGGUCAAGUCUACCGCAUGUACACCUCCCCCAACGCUCUCAUCGCGUCCUGGUGGUACGUGGGCUACGUGCGGAAGAGAGGAGGAGCGUCGUCCUGGAACCUAGUCAACUUCGAUCAGAUCAAAGAAGACCCCAUUCCUUACAUCGCAGGAUACAAACUCGAGCUGCUGCUCACUGUACGCGAUGCAGCGACGGGGCAGCGGGUGGAGGGCGUGACGUACGACAUCACCGGUUGCAAGGGACCUUGUGACUCUGCUCCUCCUGCCUCUCGCGUCCUCGUCUCCAAGGGAAUCGUUGCUGGCGCCAGAAUCUCCUUCUCCAACUUGCUGUUCGGAGUGCAAGGAUCGAACUAUCAAGAGUACCUUGUGAGCCUGAACAAAGAAAACUACAUCAGCAAGUUGGUGACGGUCAAGUACUCGGGUGAGGUCUACAGCCAAACUGUGUCCACCUUCGUUACACCUGCCGACAACAACAUCUGGAUCAUCCUCUCUUGGAACCAGCAAGUCUUCGCCAACCUCGACCUCUGGGUCUUCCCUUGUGCUGACGCAGGAGCGUACGAGCCCUUCAACGCAGCCUGCGAGACUCCGCUGUCUGUCCGGCAGACGUGCAAGUUUGCGACGCUCAAGGGGACGACAGGAAAGGUUCGAUACUUCUCGGCAGCCAACGACGUGGAGGCGGUGAUCUUGGAUGGGAUUGCUCAAGGACAUAUCGACGUGUGGGCUCGAUCGCUGGACAACCAGAACUUGCGGGGUCAGGACAUCAACUUUGAGAUCGAAGACCACCUGCACCCGUCCUCCUCUUCCAUCCUCCUCCGCCCCACCGCCGCCUCCGACGGCUCCUGGUGGCACGUCGGCUACUUCGACUCCUCCCUCAACUUCGUCGUGCUCAACAAGAUGGCCUCCUCUCCCGCCUUCUCCGGUUGCCGCAUCCCCGUGGAGUCUGUAUCCUCUCCCAUCACCUUCGUUCCCUCCUCUUCCUCCCGGCGCGCCAUGAAUCAGCCGCUACUUCUCAACCUCUCCUCCGGCAUCUCCCUUGAGAUCCCUCAAGGCGCAUGGCCAGCAGGGGGGCCAGGAACGGUCGAGCUCACGCAGCUGCUCCUUCCUCCUAUCGUCCCCAACCCAGCCCUCAUGCAGUUGGGCAACAACCUGGUCGUCUACCUCGAGCCGUCAGGCAUCCUCUUGAACGCUCCUGGAGUCCAGCUGACGAUGCCGGUCCGAUCGCCUCCAGCAGCCGGCCAGCUCGUCAAGGUCCAUCGGCUGGAGAACGGAAUCUGGCGCUGGAGCUCGGCAGUGAACUCGACCUUCAUGGUAGCGAAGGAGGAGACGAGCGUGACUCUGCUUUCCUUCUCGGCCUACGCUAACCUCAUCGUGCUGGGGGGGGCCGAGGUCGCUACCCCGCAAACUUCUCCCCCUCCAUCAGUCCUGGGCAGCACGAUCAACGUCAAGAGCUCCACGUUCCCUGUCUGGCUCAUCGUCGUCAUCGCAGUCGGAGGGUUCGCGAUCAUGGUCUUGUCCUACAUCUUCACCUACCGGCUGCUGGCCAAGAGGUUCCCCUGGCAGAAGGGCGAAGAAUUCUUCGAGCUGUUCGCUCCGGUCAUAGUCAGCCCGGACAUUGAUAAGCAAAGGCUGGAAGGGCAUCUUGUCACGUGUGCAGAUGCUAGAUCUCCUCGUACUCCUAGACCAUAUAAUGCAGAUACAUCUCAUCGACAGACGUGGGGGACAGUCACCGCAUAUAACAUGGCAUGGUCGGGGGAUAUAGGAGGGAGGAUGGAGGAAGGAAUGAUCUUGUCAUGGGGCUCACUUGCGUUCUGGGGUGAUUCGAAGUGA